AUGGCGGAUGAGGUGAGCAAACUACAGAACCACCUGAGUCUGUUACGAGAGGAAUACGUCAAAUUACAGAACAAGUAUGCUGACCUUGAACGCAAGUACCAGGUUGCCGUGGCAGUAGUGGGUGCUGGAGGCCAGGACAGCUUUGUGGCCAAACUCCUCUCUCUCGUAGCUGACCUGUUUGACAAGGAGCAGUACAGUGAUCUGAUAAUCCAGCUGGAUGAAGGAAAGGAGCUGAAGGCUCACAAGUUUAUCCUGUCGUCUCGCAGCAGUGAGUGGGGAGUUGACCUGAACGUUGUUACUGAACUCGACCUGUCAGAUAUCAAGCAUGACGUUGCAUUCUCCCUGCUGCGUUGGGUUUACACAGAUGAGAUUGACAUCCGAGCUGAAGACACAUUCUUGUUGGAGCUCCUCCGUGCAGCAACGAGGUUCAAACUCGAGGCAUUACGGAGAAGGUGUGAGAACGGGUUGAUGUCGUUUGUGAACAUGAAGAACUGUAUCCGGUUCUACCAGACUGCAGAGGAGAUGAGUGCUGAGAUCCUCAAGAACCAUUGUUCAGAGCUCAUCUCAAACCACUGGAACGACUUCACAAGUUGUGACUUCAAGACUAUGCCGGCACCGCUGCUGUACAAGAUGUUCAAGUCGAAGACGGAGUAUCCACUUCACACCGCCAUCCGCGCCGAGAGAGAGGACGUUGUCUUCCUCUAUCUCAUUGAAUUCGACUCACAGCUGGCUGUGAAGCUGAAUGAGGUGGACAAUAAAGGAGACAUCGCUCUCGACUUGGCUCUGCAGUCAAAACAAGAUGGUGUCGCCCAAACUCUCGUCACGAACCACGCAGACAUCAACAGGAAAGACAACUCUGGAAAGUGUCUGCUACACAAGGCGAUCAAGAGAGGUGAUGAAUAUUCUGCUAGUUUUCUCAUCAAGAAUAACGCCGAUGUGAAUAUGUCGACUCACAUAGACAAGGAAACUCCUCUACACAUGGUGGCCUCCUUCAAUCCGGAUGUCACUGACGCGGAGGUUAUGGCCGGGAUGGCACGGAUUGCCCAUCUCCUGCUCGAACAUUCUGCAGAUGUCAAUGCUCAGGACACUGCAGGAAGCACUCCAAUCCACACUGCAAUAUUUUGCAAGAAUCAGCUGGUGUUUAAAGUUCUGCUUAAAAAAGGGAGUCCGGACUUGGAGAUUAAAAAUGUGGAUGGUCACACAGCCUUGUGGUUAGCUCUUCAGCAGGUUGCUGACCGGUCUCAGGAUGUGGAGGUGGUGUACGGUGUUGAUAGUUUUGCCUCUCAGCUUCUACAGCACGCCAGUUCUCCUGACGCUAUUGAACCAGAGUCGGGCUCCAGUCUUCUGCAUCUGUCUGCUCAGGACGGUAACCAGGCUGCGGGAAUAUUCCUCGUGAGACGUGGUGCCAGUGUCGUCCAUGCCAACAACAAGGGAGAAACAGCCCUGCACAUUGCCUGCCAGGCUGGACUGACAAACCUGGUGCAGGAGCUGCUAGCCAAGGGAGCUAACCCAAACGCUCAGACCCUGACGCCACCCUACUUGAUGUCGAACAUGGCGUCUCUGGGCCUUGAUGACAACGCGCGGCCCGUCACACAGCAGACGCCACUACACCUUGCCCUCGGCAACAACCACAACAUGGUCGUCGAGGUCUUCCUCGCUCACAAAGCUGAAGUGUCUAAAAGCUCCAACAACCUGAUAAUCAUGCCGAGUUUCAACAUCAAGGACUCUCAAGGUCAGACAGUUCUGGGUCUCGCUCUCUGGAAUGGCCUCCAUGAUCUGGCCGCCAAGAUUCUGAAAGCGGGAGCUAAUAUAAACGAGAAGAAUGCGGAAGGUUUGACGCUGCUGCAUCAGGCCAUCGAGAAACAGGACACAAACAGCGCACUCUUUCUUAUAGAACACGAGGCAGAUAUUGAGGCUAAAUCUCCAGACAGUGAGACGCCCCUGCAGCACGCUAUAACUCGUCACCUGCCCGUGGUUGUUGAUGUGCUGUGUAAGAAGGGUGCCAACAUGAACGUUGUCAAUCCGAGUGGGAACUGUCCUCUGUGGCAGGCUCUCGAUACUGGACAGGAGGACAUCGCUAAGUGUCUGGUACAACAAAAGUGUGAUGUUAAUUUGUGGUCGCCUGGCCCUGGUUGUUACCAGACGUUGUUACACCGAGCUAUAGAUGAAAAUAACGAGCACGUAGCUUGCUUUCUCAUUAGAAGUGGCUGUGACAAAAACAGUCCACGGAGAGAGGGGACUGACUGCUCUAAUGGAGAAGAAUCCAGAGACGGUCAGAGUCCGUUACAUCUGGCGUGUGCCUGGGGUCUGGAGAUGUUGGUUCAGUGUCUGAUGGAACAUGCUGCAGAUGUCAACGCUCAGGAUGCUGAAGGCAAGACUCCGAUACAUGUAGCUAUACAGAACCAGCACACAGUGAUAAUCUCUCUUCUCCUCUCACAUCCGAACCUGAACCUGACGCUGCGAGACAAAAAUGGCUGUACGCCGUUUGCGUGUGCAAUGAUGACACGAAACAACAAGGCCGCUCAGUCGAUCCUCAACAGAGAACCAACUGCAGCAGAACAGGUUGAUGGGCGUGGCCGUAACUUCCUGCACACCGCCAUCAUGAAGGCAGACAUUGAAAGUGUUUUGUUUCUGCUCAGUGUUCACGCCAACCCUAACUCCAGAGUUCAAGACUCACAGCAGUUAACUCCUCUUCAUCUAGCCGUCCACGCUGGGUCGGAGAUCAUCGUCAGAAAUCUGCUGCUGGCUGGGGCGAUGGUGAACGAAACCACCAAGACUCGAGAGACGUGCCUCCACCUGGCGGCGGCCAACGAUUUCUCCUCCAUUUGUUCUGUCCUCAUCGAGAAUGGGAUCGACUACGAUGCUGUCGAUGAAGAUCUCAACAAUGCUCUACAUGUGGCAGUGCACCAUGGUCAUCUAAACACAAUUAAAGUUCUGCUCACCGAGUGUAGAAUAAAUGCUGAGAUGGUCAAUUCCAAAGGCCGCAAUCCUCUUCACAUCCUGGCAACUCAUGGGAAAGAUAACUCUGCAGCGAUAUUUGAUCUCUUCAAGGAGACAAUGCCCGAUUACCCGAUAGACUGCCCGGAUAAUGACGGAAACUCACCUCUGCUGCUAGCCUAUGUGAAUGGGAACGGCAACCUGUGUCGUGCGUUGGUGCGGGCGGGUGCAGGGUUUGGAACGGUCAACAAGGCGGGACUUAGUAUUUUUAACGCGGCUGUAGCAACAAAACAACUUCUCUUUAAACUUCUAGAUAUGUUGUCUAAAGAACCACCGUGGAGUGAAGGGGAAACCUGUCUGGAAUGUGCCACCAAGUUCAGUAUUAAAACAAGAAAACACCACUGUCGCCACUGUGGUCGUCUCCUGUGUGCCAAGUGUUCCAGUAAAGACAUGCCAAUUGUUAAGUUUAAUCUGUCCAAGCCAGUGCGAGUGUGUGAUAUAUGUUUUGAUGUCUUGACGGUCGGUGCAUUUUGAAGACAAAGCUGUUUGGAGUUUGUGCUAUAUAUUUUCAUGUGUCGAUGUCUUCAGUAUUGGUGCAUUCUUAAAUUGGACUCAUUUACAGCUUGUGCUACUUGUUUCUACAUCAUGUAAUAAACUGUCAACUGGUGCAAAGCUUUCAGUCAGUUGUGCUUAUUUAGCAGUGCUUUGAGUGUCACUAUGGUCACUGAUGAUUGUGACUCAAAACGACCUUCUGUUUCUCUCAAGUCCAAUCAGGCAUGACAGUGCUUAAAAUGAUAACAGUUGCCAAAAUCUCCUACUUGCUGUAAAAUUCAGUCAGGCAGGACUUUGAAUUAAACACUCGAGAGUCGAGAAAACCUCUUGCUUCCAGUAUAUUUAUUCAGAUGUGGCAGUAUGUUCAGUAGUUAAUGAUGCUUCCAAGAGUAAUUAAAAACUAAAAAAUACUUAACUGUUGAAAUUGUUACUUUGAGAACAGUGUGAGAAUGGAUAGACUCGUAUUGCCUGUUGUUUUGUCUCCGUGAGACGAGAAAUCACGUGAAUAUGAAAUGUCUGUGUUUACCUCAAAAGUAUUCUCUACUUCUGUUGUGUUACAGCUACCUUCCUAGGAAUCAUGUUCUACAUGGGGGUAAGCAGAAUCUUGUAUCCUAUACAGAUGACAUGGAUGAUGUCUUCUUCUGAAUGUAUCCUACAUGGACGUCUUCUGAAUGUAUUGUUUACAGAUGUCAUGGAUGAUGUGACGUUUUCUUCCAAAAAUGUGUAUCUUAUGCUGACUUGUCUAAGGCAUUUUCUACAUGACAGAUAUCAUGUCAAGCUACCUCUGAAGUUAUUAUUUCAAGUUACAUUUUAUCCCUGAUCAUUAAUAUGCUCAGUAAUCAUGUGACAGUGGCAUUUGGUGUUAACUCCAGUGAAUAUUUAAAGAGACUGUAAGGUUUUUCUGACUAACACAAAUCUUUUGAUAUUUAAAGUUACAUACUCAGUAUAGUUUCUUGUUUAGAAUAUCAGUGUCUUUGUAUUCAGUGUGUUUCUUAUCAUCCUAUAUAACUGUAUAGUGACAGAGGAGAACUGGAAAAGACAGGUCAUUUCAUUUUACAGACUGGACUACUGAUUUAGCUUGUGAAAGGAAAGAAGAGAAAACAAAUCAUCCUAUACAAGUAUGUUUAUAAGUAGCCAGAACUGGAUUUGGUAUCCCGAUGAUUUCGAACAUACAAAAAAUAUGUAUUAGGAAAUAAAAUGAAGUUUGACGUAGUACAGACUCGGUGAUGAUCAGAAACACAUUUAUAAAUAACCACUGAUAUUUUAUGUUGAAAAAUGUAUUCAAUACACAGUUGUAGUCAUUAAAACAUCCCUGAUAGUCUGCAGCAUCUUAACAAUGGCAACAAAUUAGGACAGUCCCUUUAAGCAGACUCAUGAAUCACUGUCAAUAGGACAAGCAUAUUCUGCUUCACUGGUGGUGGUGAAAUCCAUCAUCGUCACCAAAACUAUGGAAGCAUACACACGGUCAAAACAUGGCAUUGCAUUAGACAUCAUUUUAUCACUAACAUUUUGAUAACCUUCAGACCUUGAACGUCAGCCUUGAAGAAACUACGUACUUCUUUGCCAGAACAAUAUGCAUUUAUCUAAUAUUAAUAUUGGUGCUUAUUUCAUUACCUUAAACUUAUUUUAUUACAUUAAACUUAUUUCAUUACAUUAAACUUAUUUUAUUACAUUAAA